UUGGAAGGAGCUACACAUUGAUUCUUGUGGAAAAGGCUCAGUCUAGUAUAUUAUAGCUCAUUGACACCAGAGGGAAGCCUGAGAGGGGCCAUGCCGUCAUUUUUCAUACGACGCUUUCUCUAGGCCGUGCAGUAGCGCUAAUAGGACACCAGCUGAUAACUGUUAUCGACAACAAGACAUAUUGUUAAGGCUUGUCCAGAUGAAUUAACAUAAUCGAACAGAGCGAUAUACAUUGAAGUCAACCAAUUACACGUCUCAGAAAAAAUAUUGCCGUCCAACGUAAAAAUAUUGCCCGAUUAUAGUAUUUUUUGCAAUUGACGAUAGUGACGAGCUAAUUUUUAAUUAAUACGGUCGCGCAUGUGUAUGUAGCUUGGUAUUUCGCCGUGAAUGCUGCAGGUAUAUCCCUCGCAGGCGCAUUUUACGAGAUUGCCUAUGUUUUAUAUACAUUGUCAGGCUUGUGUUUUCAGAAUUGAUCUCAAUUAUAGUUAUCGAAAAUCCGCAGCAUGACGGUGCUCGUUAAUCGCACCUGUGCUCUCUGAACAUUGCCAUACGACGAAAAUAACUGUUGUAGGCAGCUCGACAACGGCGUAAAAUUGCAGCAACGAGAAGAUCACGAAACAUCCUAUCUGUUUGACGCGAGCUGUAAGUUCUGCAUAAUUUAUUCGCACACUGUGACAUCCGAAAUGUGCCGUUAAAACGCCGUUAAACGCCGUUAAACGCCGUUGCGAUUAAUAUUUUUUGUUAGUGUAUUUACGUUCUAAUUGCGCGCAUUUGUUUUGCAGUUUCUAGAAUUCGAGUCACUUGACCGGAAAUUUCAGCUGACGAAACGCGUGAGAGGUUAGACAGUAUGUCAGUGUAUCUUGUGAUGCGUGACGAGUAUUAAUCGAGAAAUUCGUCGCAGAUACGCGGAGACAUGAUUUUCGAUAUUCGGAGAUUGCGAGUAUUCGUGAGAACCAAAUCACGGAUUCGAGAGAAAAAGAUUGUUAAUUGAAACAGUGCGAUAGAGGUGUAUUAUCGGAAGCAAUGUACGGUGUUGUGGCGCGUACAUGCUUUAUUAAACUGCCAAAGAUUGUAGCAUACUAGUUCCUGCUUACACAGGCUUGUCAAAGCGGUAUCCGGGAUAUCGUCACCGAGAGUGUGAUGAGUUGCAAAAACUUCGGCCGGGGAAGAGGCUUUGUGCCACGAGGUACACGUGGUUCGUUCAGACCUCAAUUUCCAGCUCCAUUCUUUCGACAUGGGUGUCCACCGAGGCCAGGGCGUCCUGCGCCAUUCAACAUGCCCUGGCCACCUAACCAUAGGUUCUUUCCGCCGCACAUGUUACGUGGUAAUCCACAGUUCAGGCCACCAGGUGGUAGAAAAAAGAGAUUCUACAACUAUGACGUUCGAUUUCCUGCUCCCAACACGGUGCCUGCGCCUCCAGAGUAUGAGGAAGCUGCUUACGAGGUCCCACCGUAUUGGGAUAACCCGCAGGUGGAGAACAAUCAAGCAGAAGCUGCGCCGCAACCUCCUUUACUCGGCUCUGAAGAGGAGCGACAGCGGAAGAUAGCUGAAACAGCUGAUCUAUUGAAGCAAAAACUGUCUUGUAUCAGUAAGAAUGAGAUGAUAAAUAUUUUGACCGAUGAUGUGUCUAAUAAUACAGAGGACAACAGUGCAGAGAAUACAAACAUUCCUGUACACAGGUACGAACCGUCUGAGCUCAUUUUAACGAACAGUGAUCUUAAGGAUAUUGGAAAAGUAAAUUCUGAUAAUUUAAAGUGUAAUAGCACGCAACAUUUAACGGAUGUAUCUAAUGUUGUAAAUAAUAUAAAUAGGGAUGUAAUGUUAGACGAAAAUAAUGAUGGAUCUCAAGUAGAAAUUAUAUUUGACGGCAAUCAAAUGACAAAUUUGGUAAAUGUACAUAGUACUGAAUGUAUGGAGGAAGGAGAGCAGCGCGAGUUAGUUGACACGUCUCACAAUUUAGAGCAAUCAGAUAUACACCAAGAUAUCAACAUCGAAAAUGAAUUAUUAGAAUCAAACGUUCAAUGUUACAAUGUACCUCUAGCUAAUAUUUCACAAGAUCAAUGUGAGCAGCAGCAGGAUAUCUCUCAGGAAACAUCAGUUCCAAUCGAUUCAACAAAUCAGGAGAUUUUGCAUAACUGUCAAGAGGAGCUUUUCAUGAAUCCAGAAGUUGAAAAGGACAUCUUGUACGACAAUUGUACAUUGUUGCAGCCUUCAUCAGCCAAUGCACCAGUAUUAAAUGAUGCUGCAGAUAACCAAUCGCCGAGAAAGCAAGACAGUUCCCUUCGCAGUGAACCGCCAGAAUUGUCUCCGCACAUUGAACAAGAAUUGCCUGUUGAUUUUGAUCCAACCACACCGCCGCCGUUACUUUUGAAGCAAGAUCCAUCAUACGCUUUGCCCCCGCUUCCCGAUUUACCGCUGUUCAAUCCGGCAGAACCGCCACCGAAUAUGAGACACCUCGAAUCACAAGUAUCUCAUGAGAGUGCAAACUCUGCGUGGAGUAGCGUUCCAAAUCCGAUGCCAAUUGCUUAUAGCAAUAUGGAAGUGCAUACGGAAUUGAACAUGCAUGGAGGAUUUGCGCCACAACAGUUACCAUUAGAAGUACCCAACCAAAGUAACAUCUUCAUGCCUCCUCACGUCGAGACAAUAAAUUUUUCUCCGUUAUAUUCCGCACCACCGAGCAAUAAUGCGGGCAUUAAUACAAAUAUUUCACCGAUGCGGCCUCAAAUGCAGAUGGUGCCUCAGCAAACUUUUGUACCUUUACCUUCUCCGCCAGAAUCAUCGACUUCUGAUUUGCAACAAAGAUUUGAAACUGAUUGCAACAAGGACGACGUGUUGAACGAUAUGCAGGAAGCUAUGAAAUUUGCGAAGGAAAUGACAGAAAUAGUGGAGAUGGAUGAAAACUUUGCAUCGACCUCCGAAUCUCUUUUCGAAGGCUCGGCCUUGAUUAAUCCAGCUGGCGAUAUCACUUCUAUAGCUCUGCCACCAGGAAAGCCGAUAAUAAAGUCCAAAAAUUUCAAAAAGAAAAAUCGAAGAGACUAUAACAAACAAUUAAUAUUCGCGAAGCAAAGCGGAUUAAGCCAUCUGCCGCCAGAAGAUGCCGCAGCACAAGACGCCAAUGCGAAGUCUAAGCAGGCGUCGUUGAUGAACGAGCAGGAUCGUCCUAAAGUAGUAUUUAACUUGAAUAACAAAACGAAAAUGGUGAAUGUUGAAUGGGCCGAUAAUGUUAGCGAAGCGAGAGGCGAGAAGAGAAACGGCGCAAUGCAAUCUGACACGAAAAAAUCAGCGGUAAUUAAGAGAAAUUUGGAAAUGGAAAACAAAUCGACGUGGAGUAAAAAAGAGGAAAGGAAUUUAAGGAAGAGUGAAAUUAAUUCAGAAAAUGCGACAUUAACCGAAUCAAUUGGAAGCCAAGAUGCCACGCCGUCUCAUAAGAAAGCGGAGAAAAACGCCGAAAAAUCGCAUUCCGUCAUCCCGUUUUGUCCGAAGAUCAGUCCGCAGAAAUCCAAGAGCCACGCGGAGAAGAGCGAGAGCUCUAAUUCGGAGGCCUUGUGGAAGAACAAGAUUGUCAAACAGUUCUUGAAGAUGAGCAAGAACGACAUCUUCAACAUGGUGAACAAUACUAGUCUACGGAAGUUUGAUGUCAUAAUGAAACGUCUAGUCAAAGAGAAGAAGCCUACGCUGUUGUUGGAGAUGAGGCACGCGCAGGACGAGAAGAUGAAACUGUACGAUCAGCAGAAGUUCAUAAAUCAGUUGGACAUGCUGGACUUCGACACCAUUGAAUCGAUCACGGAUCUGCCCACCGAGUUCAUUCAUCAUCUGAACGAGGUGUUACAGCUGGAUAUGCGAUUUGACAAUUACGACAAGUCGGCGGUAGCUUCGAGCAGUCAUUCGGAGCCUGCAACUCACGCCGUUGCGGAGUGCGCGAGUGGAACGGCGGCGCCGAGCGGUGACGAUGAAGAGUCCGCAGGAGGCAAGAGUCACGAUAAGAACGCGACGUACGCAAGUACGGCGAAAACGAGAUAUGACAAGGACGCGCAGACGCAUAGCGCGAAAAGCGACGAGCCCAAUCUGACGGACGACAUUUUCAGCACUGUCGCAUGCAACAACGACAAGUUAUUGACUCUGCAACACGACGUGGACAAUAUAUUCUCCGAGGUGACGAAGAAGAUUCAAGUGCCCGCGGCGGCGAAAGAGCGCAAUCAGCCGGGCGCGCCGCAGCGAGGCGCGAAGAAGCUCGACGACGGCGCGGCGCAGAAGAGCGCGCAGAGCGCGCCGGUCCCGGAGGACGAUGACGGGACGCGCAAAUGGGAGGUGAACGCGCACUUGCUCGAGAAGCGAUGGAAGAGAAAGGAGCGGGAAGACCCGCGCGCGUACAGAAAUCUCACCAAAGAGGAAUGGGAGGCGAAGUACGGGACGCAGGCGAGCUGCAGCUCGACGUCGGUGUCCGCGCUUUCCGUCGCGAAGAAGACCAACGCCGGCAAUAAAAGUGCGUUGAAGCGUGUGCGCGGUAGGAAGAUUCUUCCGCGACGCCGUCACUCGUCCGAGUCUUCGAAGCAGCCGGGCGCGAGGCGCAGCAGGACUCUGGAGGAAGACAAGCACAAAGAAUCCAGGCGACACAGCGACGACAGGAGGCACACCGCGGUGUACGCGGAGGGCGCUCGGCUCGUUCGCGACAACAGCAACGACAGCAGGAGCAGCAGCAGUAGCAGCAGCAGCAGCAGCAGCAGCAGCAGCAGCAAUAGCAAUAGCAGCAGCAAUAGCAGUAGCAGCAGUAGCAGCAGCAGCGACAGCAGAAAGUUGAAACUGUUGAGGAAGAUAAAAGAAAAGGAGAAGGUAGCUAAAGAAAUGUCGCUGAACGAAACGAUAAGGGACGAGGUGAAUGCCGAGAUACAGCGGGAGCGGAAGCAGAGGUCGAAGUCGCGAAAGAAUCGCAGCAAGAAUCGAAGGGAGAAGAGGACGCAUCGCAAGAAGAAGAAGAAGCAGAGCAAGAAAGCGUCGACCUCCUCCGAAUCCUCGUCGGAUAAGGACAGCGAUGACGGGGCGGCUAACAAAUUGCUGACGGAAAGCGAGAUUAAGAAAGAGAAUGAGGUCGAUCAGCGUGUGAUGAUCAAAGAGGAGCUCGACAUCAGCCAGGAGGGGAUCGUCGCGAACCCCGAGCUGGCGAAUAUCCCGAGUCGCGCGGCAGUGAAUUUGCCCCCCGAGCCUCGCGACACAUCGAAAUCUCCACCACCUCCCCCUCCUCCUCCUCCUCCUCCGCCAUCACAGGAGACGACGACUGUCGGUAUCGCGCAAUUACACACUGAAGACAGAAUGCCGUCGGUGUCGCCGACGCAACCGAAGACGAAGGCGCAGCUGAAGCAAAUGCCGGAAACGGCCGAUAUGAACGACAACAAAGUUCCUCUGAAUGUGUUUACAAGCCUGCCGAAGGAUUGGAACACGAUUAAUCCGGCGAUCAUCUCGGCGUGCAUAGAGAAUAAAUCUUGCGAAGUGAGCGACAUCAAUCGAGAUAAAAUCGAAAUUUCGCCAUCGGCGAUCGACGAUUCUGCGAGUAGCAGCACGGCCGAUGCGAACGUGUCGCGCGAGUCCACCGUCGAGACAGCGUCGCCGCAAUUAAAUGCUCUUAUCGAACAGCUUCCCAGCGUUAUAAACACGCGAGACGAUAAUAAAACGCCCGUAUCUGACGUAUCGAAUAAAGUAUCAACAGUCAGUGCUACGUCAGCGUCGGCGUCGGUGUCGGCCACCGCAAAUACCUCAACUCAGAAGCAAGGCACCUCCAAGAAGAUCGACAUAAAAACGUAUUACGAGCGCACGAUACAACGUCGUAUGAAUGGACAAGGAGAGUUGAAGAAACCCGCGGAGAGUCCCGCAGCGCCGGCGGAAAAUUUACCGACGAAAAGUUUACCGACGAAAAUCGCGAAGCGGGAAAUUACGAUUGACAAAUCCAUUCGAGAUCCGCGCUUAAUCUCGCAGACGGUAAAAUUAGCCGGCAAAGAUAUCGUCGCGCCGACGACGUCGGAAAAAGACGCUCGGCGGGAAGAUAAACAAACGACGAAGGAAUCGCGCGCGGAAGUCGCAGCGUUGAAACAUUCUAAGGAAGAUUCGAAUCGCCUGAUCAAUACCGCCGGCGGCGCUAAGAAUGUCAAACAAAAUCCGAGCGCCAAUGUGAUAUCCAGUGUUGCAACGACAUCGUCGAGACUCGAGAAAAACUUAAAUGUCGAAGGAAGUGCAACUAAAAAAUUGCAGAGCAAAGUUUCGACCGAUUCUAAAAGAUUCAAGAAUAUUCGGUCGGAAGGGAGCAAAGAAUUGAAACUGAAAAAGGAAACGACGAAGAAGCAAAGGGCGAAAAAGAGGUCGGUGAUAGCGCCCACCAGCCUGGUUUCGCCGAAAGUCCAUUAUCCUUUGAGGGAGCCGGCGACGACGAGAGAUGCGGAAAAAGUCGUUCAAGAGAAGAGCACCGAUAAUAUCAAUUGGAGUAAAGUGGACGUUGAGCGGACUGUGCACUCGACAACUCCUCGCGAAGAUAAAAUAGAUAAUAGUAACGCUGAAAUAAAAUCACCGACAAUUUCUCUAAAAAACACUGAUAACGACAAAUCGCCGCAUCAUGAAUCAAAAGAACAUUCUUCGAAAUCGGACUUUGUUAAAGAGGCGGAUACCAAAGAGGCUGCAAUUAACGUCGAAGGCGCCAAUGCGCGUGAACGGUUAUCUCCUGAAAUGACGCGCAGCGUAGAGUAUGCGAAUGAUGCAACGAGUAUCGCGGAAGAUGAAAAUGCGGACGAGAUUUCUAACCUAGCGCCGGAACUCGACGCGCCGAUCGUUUCUGCAGCCAUCUCUGAAAUCUCGAAUGAUAUUGAAAAAAUAAGCGAAGCGGAUCUCUCAAACGAGAUUCGGCAAUCUGCGACCGAGGACGUGGACCCCGCGUUAAACGGCGUUGCAUCUCCCGAGAGCGUGGGCAGUCCGUUCAAGGGCUUUCUUCAAGAAACCGCGGUGGAUUUUCAGCAGCCUAAUUUAUUCAACUUUGAGUUAAUUACGAGUAACGUAAAUUGUAUGACUGAUAAAGAGAUGCAAAUCGGACGGGAACGAGAUUCCGGGAUGCUCGAGCCUGUCGUUGACGAUUAUGCUAAUAACAUGAAUAUUAGUAGCAACUUUAAUAUCACUUUUGACGUUACUUUACUUGCUUCAGAUAAGGAAUGCGCGACGAGCGAGAGGAGUGAUAAGUGCAGUUUAGCGGCGGACGGAGAAGAGUGUGCGGCGAAAUCUCUCAGCGAGAUAGUUACGACUGCAUUGCACGAGGACGAUAACGACGUCAAUACUAAUAGCGAAACGGAGAAACAAUUGAUAAGCGAGGAUAGGUACGCGUCGAACGCGGAACUCGCGAUCAAAGAGUCCAUGUUUAUCAACGAGGAGGAAAUGAUACAGGACGAGACGCGUAUGAAAGAUCUGACGGAUAAACUCAAGACCACAGCCGAUCCUAGCUUAACCGACGCGAUAGACGCUACGAUUUCCGACGACGCGCUGCGACCGGAAGGCCAAGGCGUGGAGCAGCUCAAUAAUCACAUGUACUUGGAGACGCAUGUGUCGUCGGAGAAAACGCCGUGCGACAAACUGCCGGACUUCGACGAGCACUUGGACAACAUGUUUUACUUGGACGAUCGUUUGCAAAGCACCGCCGCGUUCGACAACAAGGACGACGCGUCCGCGCAUUUCUCCGUUCAUCGGGAAAGCCCCGCGUACGACAUCACGCCGACGAUCACGCCGGAAACGACGAUGAUCGCGGCCUGCGCGGAUUUGUCGCGCGAAAAAGCGGAACGGUGCGAGUUCAGUUUCAAGCAUCUCUCGUCGGUGAAUAGCGAUAUACUCGCGGGAACGCCGGUGGAAUGUUCGCCGAUCGUGGCCGAUAUACCGAGGACAUUGAACGUCCCGACUAAAGCCGCCCUGAAGGAGGCCGCGACGAAUCUCUUUUUGAAAUCUCCGAGUAGCGCGGCGACUGCGAGCGAGGUGUCGGCGAUCGGGAUAUUAGAAAAAACACCGCAUAGCGGAAUAGAUUUGAAUUAUCAAACACUGUGGCACGUAAACACGCCGGCUAACCUUAAAAUGCAGAAUAACACGUGUGUCGCGCAGGAUUUUGUAAACAUAAAUAUUUCGUUAAGAGAAAGCGAUAAACAAGCUUGCAGUGACCUCAGUAUCGGCCAGAAUAGAUCCGUAACACCGUCACGCCAUAUCGAAAAUCGUUUUUCCAACAAUAUGCAAUGCAACGUGGCCCUGGAAUUAAAAAAUGUAAAAGAAUCGGAUGUAGCAACGGAAAAAAAGACGCAGAAGAGUCCGGACAAAAUGCGAGACAGUAUUUAUAAGGAUCGCAAGAAGCGGAAGGACAGGUUGCAUAAUUUAAAGAAUAAACGGCGAAUGAAGUAUCGAUCCAGAGAUGGGAAUAAUUUGACGAAAAAGUUGAAAAAUCUUAAACAAUCCGGAAAGACCGCGAGAGAAGACAUUCUGGCUAGAAUGCUCGAAAUCGACAUUGAGAUCCACAAAUUGAUGACGGAAAAGUUAGAGCUGCACGAGAAGCUGCAGCGCUCUUCGCCGACUGAAAAUUUCGCACCGAAGAGCUCCACUUUAUCGAAUUUAAUGGAAGACAACAAAGUUACCAUUUCGACUCCGUCGAAGUUGCUUUCGUUGCUGGCGCAAAAUACGACCGACGAAAACCACGCCAAACGGGACAAACAUCCGCCGAAACAGUCGCCGAAACAAUCGCCGAUUAAGAGAAAGACAACUGUAUCGCACACCUCGGAGGACGAUGAGAUUGUACGCUACACGCAGAAGAAAAUGCCCGUGAUUAAAUGGAAGAAAACACCGCGGUUGGAAAUAGGCAGACGGGAAGAGGAGGAGGAGAAGGAGGAGGAUGAAGAUGAUGAAGAUGAUGAAGAUGAGGAUGAUCUCGACGAAAGGGCGGAGCAGCAGAGCCCGAAGACUUCCGCGGGUAAGAAAGCAGACGGUUCGACUAAUAAGACCGCUGUGCGGAAGUCUGAGUCGGAUCGCGACGCGCGAGCGCAGGAAGCGAAAAAUAUCGACGUCGACAAAUCUACAAAGCGUGCGACCAGCUCGGAUAAAGAUGCGGACAAUUCAAAGCGGCAGAAUUCAAGCGAAAAAGAGGCCGAGCGCGCGGAACGUUUCAGUCAGGAUAAGAAGAACGACGCCUCGGCGCCGAGCGAGGCGACGAAGGCGACGAAUUCUCAGACGCUGGGCGCGCAGGUGCACAGCACGCCGGAGCCCUUGUCGAUAUACUCCGACGACAGCACGUGGGACUCUCUGGUGCAGAACACCGCGUCGGAGAUGCACGAGAACAGGAAAGCAACGGGUCUUGCUUUGCUGGACGUGAAGCUCAAGCGGGAGCAGGCGAGAACGCGAAAGCUGACCGCGCACAUGCGCAGGCAGAAGAAGCAGCAGCUGAGCAACUACCUGAAGUCGGUCAACAAGCUGACACUGGACGAGGAGAACCUGCCGCUGUCCAAAUUGUACAUCAAGAAGCUGCGGCAGAAGCGAGAUCUGCUCGACAUGCUGAGCCAGAAAAAGGACGCGGGCUUCGCCGUCGAACCGAGCGUUUUGAAAAAUAUGGACGAGGUGAUCAACGCCGUGGCGGAGAACAGAGUGGAGAAUCUUUACGAACCGCAGCCGGAAGCGCAAGCCCCCACGGACGCGCCGACCACGUCCAGCGCGGUGGUCCCGCAGGCCGACAAGUUCUACGUCGACGUCGAGGCGAACGCCAAUUCGGAUUGGCCUUGCCGGGAAAAGGAGGAUAUGGAAGCGGCCACGGACUUGCGGCGGGACAGCGACGACGCGCCCGGCGCCGACGGCUCGAAUCACGUCUUCAAAGCCGUGAAUCAGGACAAGACCUUCCUCAGCGAGCGUGACGCGCAGCCUGACGGCGGCGUGAGCCCCGAGGAAACUUUAAUGGAGAGCCACUCGUCGGAUUACGACGGCGCUCAGCCGAAGGAUCCGAGUAACAUCGCGUCGCGCAGUUUCGAUAUUAAAGUAUCCGUACCGACGAUCUUGAUAAAGAACGAUUUCAGUCUGGGAUUGUUGCAGAAGUUGAAGGAGGACGCCGCUCUGAUCGACCCCACGUCAAACGCGGUCUCGACUGUCGUGGAGAAAUUGGAGGAGAAGGAACAAAAUGCGCAAAGUGUCCCGCCGACUGUUGAGCCGACGGAGAGGGAAGUCGAUCUCGCGAAGGGGGAUAAGAGGGAAGAGGAGAGUGAGAAACUAGUCGAGAAGGAGAAACACGUGACCAAAGAAGCAACUCGUGAUGAGGGAGAUACGUGCAAACCGCAAGAAUCGGAGAAGACGACGACCGACUGCGUCGGAGAUGUGCAAUCCGUUCCGCAAUUAGAUACCGCCAAGUCCGGUUAUUCCGACGUCACCGAGAACGAAGACACUCGGGACAGCGUCGCGUCCGACCGAUGCACUAAAGUAGCGACGGAUACGACACCGUUGUGUCGUGAUGCCGACACCGUUGCGAAGAAGAUUGAUACGACGGAGAAAAGAUCGGAUGCUGAAUCGGAGCAGCUUUCGAACGACGCGGCCGCCUCGCGACAAGAUGAUCAAAACACGAAGGACUCAACGGUGCAGAAGGAACAGAAAACCAACACCGGCGUGACGCCGCGUGUAUUUGAGCGGGUUCUGGACAGCGAGCAGAACACCGGCAGCUCGAUGCCGCCGAGUGAAAGGUCGGAAGAGUCCAACGAGAUGUCGAUCGAGCAGAGAUCCGACUCGGAGCACACGUCCAUGUCCGUUUUCCCGUUUAACAGGGUGGCCGAUCUUCGGAAAAGCGGAGAGACGGGCAAGAGGUCUCGUCGAAGGUACGACGCAUCGAUGCCGGUGCGAAGAAGCAAGAGGUACAGCAAUGAGAAUAUGAAACCCAAGCUAAAUGACGUCGACAGCAACUCGAACAGCAGUGAACAAGACUCGAGCGCCCACGAGAGGGACUCGUCGGCGCGCCAAGGCAGCAAAGCCCCCAGCUGGGCGAUGCGCGACGAAAGAAACCUGAACAACGUGCGAAAGAAUCGCGCUGCUCAGAAGGAGCAAAGUGCUCGAAAGGUGCUCGCGAGCGCCGAGCCCGAAGCGAACGUCGAGGAGCCGAUUAAAUCAAAUCUCAGAGCGGAGCCCGCGGCGUCCAAGAGUGACGGCCCGGUGAUCGGCAAGAAGAGGACGCACACGGAAUGGCAAAUCAGAAAUUGCAAAGUGAGACUGAUCGAUUGUAAAUACAGCUAUCUAAAGCAGAACGUUGGCACCGGAGUGCCGAGCAAGUCCGGAACUGUCGUUAUUAAUCCUCCCGUAUCGAGUAACAUAUCAUGUGCGCAACGUUCUGCGUGGGAUCAAGAUAUCGCGAUGAAUUCCGCUGCAGUUUCAAAGAAAAGUUUUCCGCACGCGGAAACGUCUUACGAUAAAGACAAGGCUGAAAUCGAAGCCGCGGAGGUUAAAGCGAUCGAGAGGAGCAACGAUGCCGGCGUCGCUCAACAAGUUUCAGGUGCCACGGAAAUUGACGAAGAGCAGAGAAAGCAGUAUGCGGCUCACAAUGGCCCUAUUUUAGAUAUUAAGAUUUUGGAAAAUUCUUUCCUAGCGGCGAGCGAGGAUGGCAAGAUCUAUAGGUACAGUCAAACGUCUAAUGGAAUAUUGAACAUCUACAAAGGGCACAAAUCCGCGGUUACAUGCUUGUACAUUUACAAAUCGGAUGUCGCAGGCACUAAGAAAGAAUUGAUGUAUUCCGGUUCCUUAGACGGCACCUUGCGCUGCUACAAUAUAAUGACCGGUACAUUGGUGAGGAAUCCUGCAAACAUAAACAGUCCGAUUCAGUGCAUGGAUGAAGGGUGGGGAUGCAUUUUUAUCGGAACUAAAUCUGGCCAUGUUUCGCGUUAUCAUAUCAAGUCCGGUGUCCUUAGGAGAAGCAGUAUAGCAUUUUCGGAACAAUCUGUGCUUGCGCUGAAAGCGACGAACGAAGGAUCGCGGCAAGUUCUGAUCGUAGCGUCUCGAAGUGUGCCGAUUACUAUACGAGACGCGCAUAAUGGUCUGUUUCUGCGUACCAUUAGUAGCGAGAAGAAUAGCACGGUUUAUAGUUUGUUGCGCAAUCACAAUCUGAUCUAUUGUGGCACAAGCGGCACGUCGAUAAACGUUUUUGAUUUUACAACGGGCGAAGAAUCAAAUCAAUAUGACGCUGGCGUCGGUAUCGUAUGUAUGCGGCUUUAUGGACAGUUGCUAUUCGCAGGCUGCUAUAACGGCAAUAUUUAUGUUUUUGAUACAAGGAAUCACAAAUUAAUCUGCAGCAUGCCUGGUCCGGGAAAUAUGGUAUUGAGUAUAGAAGUUGUAGAUAACAAGAUUAUAGCUGGAACUAAAGACAAGCGUUUGCAUUUAUGGCAAAUGCCGAUUCAAGUGCGUGCCUUACUCUAAAACAACAAUUUUCCAAUGACAAGCGUGCCAUUUUAUGUUUCUAUGGCUGACCCUUUCUAUUGCGUGUCGCCUUCUCCCUGCGAGCCUUAAAACUGCCUUAAAAACUUUCCGUUUGAUGAUGAUGCGCGUGACUGCGCUACUGAACGAAUAGAUUUGGAGAAAGGAAAAAAAAAAAGUGCAUCUGCUAAACAGAAGUAGACGUGUUCAGCGGGAGAAGUGCGGUGCAGUUGCGGGAUGAAGUGAAAUAAUAGUAUGCAAAGACCCCUUUUAUCGCGGACAAUACCCGCUCUAAAAAAUAUAUAAUUUUUAGAUAUUGUUAUUAAGAUAGAAAACCCCAUUACUUUGAAAAUAAUGAUAAUUAUUGGAAAAGAAUCGACGAGUUUAAUAGCUCACAGUGAUCAAAUAACACUAGACAAAUAAAUAUAGUAGCUCUUCAAACACAUGACACUUGGAAACACGAUGAUUAAAUGGAUUGUGUUUGUACAUACAAACUUUUUCACUUAUAGAUAGCAUUAUCGGUACCGCCAUUUUACGAAUUGCUUUUAUCUAUGAUUAAUAUUUAUUAAUAUUAAUUAUUUAUGGAAGCACCAGUUUAAGACAUACAUAAGUAAGAUUCUACAUAUGGAAAGCAAUUAUUUAUCAUUGCAUUGCGCUAUGAUAGUAUAUCAAAAAUUAUUAUUAAAUUAUUUAUAGCAAAGAGGCAUAUACUAGAAUUGUUGUUUAUUAUUACCAGUUAUAGGGUACUGUGUUAUUAUAUAUAUUUCACGGGAGAAAGAUCUCGAUUCUCAGUCAGUUUGAUGCAAAUGGAUUUAUUGACAACGAAUUAAAGAAAUGCUCUCCCACAAUGGCA